GGCGUCAGCUGGGAGCACGUCAGUUUGCAAGACACAUUCACCAUGUUGCUGCUGCUUGUCGCCGCCUGUGGGUUCCUAGCCGCCGAGGCCAUCGUGUGCGCCCCUGACAUGUGCAAGGGAGUGGACUGCCCCGACGUCACUGGCUGUAAUGGCAAGGUCAAGGCCAACGGCGGGUUCUGUGGAUGCUGUGAUAGCUGUGUUAAUCUUCUGGGAGAAAAUGAUAAGUGUAGUUUCAGCUUCUUGUUGGGAGUUCCCUCUAGCGCGGAGUGUGGAGUAGGUCUCCGCUGCAGCGUGGCCACCAUGACGUGUGUCCAGAUGGCCAAACGACAAGUGGCACUUGGCCCAUGCGCGCUGAAGCAGCAGCAGUUGCAGCAGGGCCAGUCCGCCGGCCUCCCCCUGCUCGGUGUCCAGAGCCUGAAGUGCAACCAGGACGGAUCCUACAACCCCGUGCAGUGCCUGGGAUCAGAAUGUUACUGUGUGGAUUCUGCCGGAGUCGAGAUUGCCGGAUAUAGGACAAGCAUCGGCGCCACCGACUACUCCACCAAGAACUGCCAGUGUGCGCGAGACAAGGAGCAGUUCUCAAAGACAGGUGCGUUGGGCCAGACUUUCGACUGUGAGAGCAAUGGAAACUAUCAGCAGUACAAGUGCGAGGGGUCCGUCUGCUUCUGCACUGAUGACAAUGGCAAGAUGAUUGGAACCCAGAAGGUGUCCAUUGGUCUCCUCUCCACGCUCAAGUGUUGAGCUGUCUCACAAUGACAGAUUGCAGUCUUAUUUUUCAGGACAGAGAUAAUGUUUUACAAGCAGGAUUGUGUAUGAAAUAAUGUUGAAAUAAACAGAAAAGAAACUA